CGGGUGGAGGCAGAACCGGUGACCCCAGGGUACGACGGGCAUCCAGAGUUGUCUGUCCUAUGCUCUCUUGGGUAAGAAAGAGCUCAGUUUCCCAGGUAUAGGAGGCCCCUGUAGCAGUGAGGUAUGACCAAGGGCCCAGCAGUGUAGAGCGGCAGAGGAGCCAGGCCAGCCACGAGCCCCGGGGAGAGCUGGGCGGCCCGGUGCGCAUGCGCAGAGGCGCAGUAUGAGCCUCCAGCUGCAAAUACCCGGGUCUAUGUUGGUUUAGAUCAUUGUUAGUAAGAAUUCUGGAUUCGGUGAUGAAUGUGGUGCACGUGAAGAUGGCUCAAAUCUUAAGACCAUGUCUGAUAAGUGCUUCCCUGAUUGCUAAUGGAGUGAAAAUGCUUUCAUAUCCUAGCAUCAUUAGAAACAGAAUGAUAUCAACUCAUAGAUCCAAAAGGAAAAUCCAAGAAUAUUACAGGCUACUGAAUCUGGAAGAAGGAUGCUCUGCAGAUGAUGUCAGGAAUUCUUUCCAUAAGCUUGCCAAGGAAUACCAUCCAGACAGUGGCUCUAGUAAUGCUGAUUCUGCAAUAUUUAUAAGGAUUGAGGAAGCCUAUAGGAAUGUGCUUUCCCACGUGACAGAACAAGCAAAUGCCAGACAGAAUAAAGCUGAAGACACAGAAGAAGAAGAAAAAUUCAAAUAUAAUACACCUCAACACCGACACUAUUUAAGUUUUGAAGGUGUUGGCUUUGGGACCCCAAGUCAGAGAGAGAAACAGUAUAGACAAUUCAGGGCAGAUCGUGCAACCGAGCAAGUGAUGGACUAUCAAAGGCAGAAGCUUCAAAGCCAGUACUUUGCUGAUAGUAUAACCAUCAAAGAUGUAAGACACAGCAAAGAAGGGAAGAUAACUCAAGCCAUAGAACGUUUGGUGGAAGACCUGAUUCAGGAAUCGAUGGCAAAGGGAGACUUCGACAACCUCAGUGGAAAAGGAAAACCCCUCAAAAAGUUUUCUGGUUGUUCAUAUAUUGAUCCCAUGACUCACAACCUAAACAGGAUAUUGAUUGAUAAUGGAUACCAACCUGAGUGGAUCCUGAUGCAAAAGGAGAUAAAGGACACCAUUGAGCAACUGAGAGAAGAACUUUUAGUGUCUAGGAAGAAGCUUGGGAAGCCAAUGACAUCAGUGGAACAGAAACAAUGGAACCAGGUUUGUGAGCAGUUUCAAGAAAACAUUAGAAAGCUAAACAAGCGAAUUAGUGAUUUUAACUUGAUUGUUCCUAUCCUGACGAGACAGAAGGUCCAUUUUGAUGCACAGAAAGAAGUGAUCAGAGUCCAGAAACUAUACGAAACCUUUAUAGAAGCAAAAGAAGUCACAGAUAAAAACCCAACUGAUGUUAAUCAGAGAGAAGAGAAAACACAGGUAGUCAAAGCAGGUUUUUUAAACUGGUCAAAACUGUGGAAAUUUAUUAAACUAUGACCACA